GCGGAGAGAAAAGAGAGGUAAAUACAAUGAAGGAGGGAUAGAAGGAGUUAAGCUCUCCUGUGGAGUAAAUCUCUCUCAAUCUGAUCAGUGUGUGAGGAGUACUAACUCACUACAGUGUGGAUACACAGGCUGCACUCACUGGGAGUCCAAGGUUUAUUCCAAUCUUCCGUGGCGGCGAGAGAGCACGAGAGACAAGGCAGCAUCCCGAAUAAAAUAAAUCGCAUCGCGUGACAAAGAAGAUUAAAGACAAAAACUGUGAUUUCCAUUUGUUCCUCACAGAUGAGUGGAUUCGUUGUGGAUGGAGACCUUUGUUAUCGUGCUCCCUGAUGUCUCCUUUCCAACAACAAAGAAGUCAACACAACCUUUACUUUAACUGGCAUCACACAUUUGGAAGUGAAGCCAAACUCCUUCGUCUUACUGUCUGAACUGUGGAUGGGGAUUAUGAGGAACUCUCAGUCCCUACACCUGUUCCUUGUUCCCAUCGUGUUUUCUUUACUUUCACUCCUCUGCCCUGCAUCUGCCAGCUCGGGGUCUAACUAUGACUACGGAGCCCAUGCACGCUUUUUUUGCACCCCUAUUCCUGUGGAUGCAGACCCUGCAUGCUUCCCUCCAGGGGGUCCAGGCGUAGGGGGAGCAGGGCCCAGCGGACCAGGCCAUCAAAGUGUACCUCCUGCUGGCUGGUGGGGGGCGAGCGAAGAGGCCAAAGCCACCAUCCUUCACCUCAGGGAGAGCCUUGUCCAGCAGAAAGAGACCAUCCUGGACCAGAGGGAGACCAUUAGAGAGCUGACGGCCAAGCUCACCCUGUGCGAGGGCCUCGGACAGAGCGUGACGCCGCACGACGAGCACCACGGCACAGCUGCCCACUCCCAUCAGGCGGGGGUGGCCGGUCAUCACACGUACACUGACAACGGGCACUAUAGCAACCAGCAGGGUCACCAUGGACACCUCAUACCAGACUCACCGCACUACCCCUCUGUGGGGGGGCACCGAUCUGAUGGGGGGCACAGCAGCAACCACCAGGGGACGGAUAAACAUGUGACACCAGAGGACCUCACAUCAUCACCAGAGCAGAUGGAAAGGAUGCUGCAGGCACUGAAGGAGAGGCUGGAAAACCUGCAGCAGAAGAGGAACACAUCUAUCACCUACUCCAGCUCUCUGAAGGAGCUGCUUCAGAGGAAGAUCAAUACUCUGGAGCAGCAGCUGCACCACACCUCCGCCCUCAGCAGCCCCAACACACACCGAGACGACAGAGACCAUCGCGAUGACGGCCAUCAUGAUGACGGCCAUCAUGAUGACGGCCGAGACCAUCGCGAUGACGGCCAUCAUGAUGACGGCCAUCAUGAUGACGGCCGAGACCAUCGCGAUGACGGCCAUCGCGAUGACGGGCAUCAUGAUGACGGCCACCACCGCGACGGACACCGGAAUGUCCACAAGUACGACCACAACGAUGGCGGUCAUAGCGACAGCGCAAACCAAACUGACCAUCACCAUGACAGCCACAAUGGCAACCACCAUGAUGUGGACGGUGACCAUGAUGAUGAUGAUGAUGAUGAUGAUGAUGAUGAUGAUGAUGAUGACGAUGAUGAUGAUGACGAUCACCACCACAGUAAUGAAGCAGACAGUCACAGUUACCUUUCACACACAGGAUACAGAGAACCAGGGCCACCGACUGGUUUCCACUCAAAUAAACUGGAAACAUUGCUCAACCAGCUGCACCUCACAGGUCCCAAGAGUCCCGAUGCCUUCCAGAUCAGCUUCCCCAUGAGAACCAACUACAUGUACGGGCGGGUAAAGAAGACGCUGCUGCAGGAGAUCUUCGCUCUGACUUUGUGUCUUUGGAUCAAGGCGGGCGUGGGGCCCGGCCUGGGGACGCCAUUUUCUUACUCUGCACCCGGACAGGCCAAUGAACUGGUGCUCAUCGAGUGGGGGAACAACCCUAUGGAGCUUCUGAUCGAUGAUAAGUCUGUGACGCUCCCCCUUUCUUUGGGUGAUGGGAACCGGCACCACGUCUGUGUGACUUGGUCAACAAGGGAUGGACAGUGGGAGGCCUACCAGGACGGAGUGCAGAGGGGGUCUGGGAUAAAUCUUUCCCCCUGGCACCCUAUUAAACCUGGAGGGGUCUUCAUCCUGGGACAGGAACAGGACACUCUGGGAGGCCGUUUUGAUGCCACUCAGUCAUUUGUGGGCGAGAUGUCGGAUGUGCACAUGUGGUCCCACGUCCUGACUGCCAGUGACAUCUACAGCCUGGCCUCCUGCGACAGCCACCUCAGAGGAGAUGUCAUCGCUUGGUCCAAGACAGAGGUAGAACUUCAUGGAGGAGUCACCAAAUACCCCUUAAACCCCUGUCACUGAAAGAUAUCCUGAAACAUACUGAGAACAUUUAUCAUAUAUCAAAAAGUGCAAGAAUAAAACAAAACUCCCUUUGACUUUCAGUUAUUUUUCAGGAUGAUGACUCAGUGGCACCAACUUAAUGCCUUCCUUUAAACGUCAUCAGUGACUUUUUCUUUAAAAAGAAAAAUAAUGUCUAAUCUGUGUUUACAGAGACUGUGUAGGGACUUAGGUGUCUUGGGCUCGAGAUUUUGGCCUUUACUGUUAUCAUGAGCUAGUGUUUUACUUUAAACAGACAAGUGCUGUAUGUGACAUAUUGUCAUAUUGUUAAUAAGACUUAAUACUGUAGGGUCUGUGAUAAAAUUAGCAGACCUUACAUGGGUUCUGUUGUGGUGAAGUGAGAAACUGUAUGUUUAGUUUGAAGGAUACUUAUAGAAAUGUGUUGAGAAAUCAAUUUGUAAUCUGGA